AGUCUUGUUUAACAGCUAAGUUACAUUUGAGAAUUUGUUUGAAGUAUGAACUGCCUCUGGGAAACUAGUUAUUAUUCAGUUAUGGGUUCCAAAGGUAAAACCUGGUGUGAGGCAAGUUAUAUAAGUUCAGUCAGUAGCUUUUUGGGCACAUGGGCCAACUUUUGCUGGUUUUUUUCUGUUUAAUUUGUCAUGUGUCUAGACUGCAAUUCUACCUGCACAUCGACACAACAUGCAAUUGCAGAAGUGGGAUUAUCACGUAAUCCAAUUGCUUUAAAGAUACUAUAAACCAGUUCUCUUGUAUCAGGUGGAAGGCUGUCUGGGAUUUGUAUUUGAUACAGGAAGGAUGCACUGUGGGGGUGAUGUGCUCAAGAUAUGAAGACUUUUUCAGAGUUUUCACUGUAGUAUUAGGUGGCUUGCAACCAACAUGGAAUGUUUGUGGGCUCAAGGGGUGGUUGACCUAUUAUGUUGGGAUCCACUGGAGAGAGAAGGUCCCAUUGCUGCCACUAAAAGUGCCAUUAAAAAUAAGCUUCUUGGAACUUGUGUACCUGCCCAUCUCACUGUUGGCUGGUUCAAGAAGCUAUAUGUGAUAGCAAAACAACUUCACAAACAAAAACUAAUAAUAUGGUGGUUGUAUUUUUAUUCCCCCCCCCUUUUUUUUUUUAAGAUUGGUUUAAGGAUAUCACAAAAAUCUGUCUUAGACUCUAUUUUGGUGUGACUCCAUAUUGGAAAAAAAAUCAGGAUUUUCACUUGUAAAGAUGCUUCUUCGUACUUGUAACUACACCAGAGAUUAGUGUUUUCUAUCCAUUAUUUCCGGAGAAUGUCUUAAAUAUUUUAUUUGUAUAUGCAAUCUAAGUGGUUGGACUAUCUGCAAAGCUGAGAAGAUAUUUCAGAUUUUAUAACAACUUGGCUUAGUGACCAAAUUCAUGUUUAAAACACAAGAAAACUAAGUGGCUAUGCAAUAUUAAUAUUUUUGUGGAAGUUAAGACACCAUUAUUUUUUUAAAAUACUUGUUUCUUUUUUGAACUCCCAAAUCCUUAAACUUAACCACCAUCUUGCAGCUGCAUCGACACGCAAGUUGAUGCAGUAGUCCUGUUUGUGCAAGUUGCAAUUAGGCCUCUGGAUUUUGAACAGAUUUUGAUGCGGUAUUCAGGCCUUCUCUAACAAGUUUUCCUGUGUGAUAAGGGAUUCUUGAGGUCUUCUGCUCCUUUUUCAAGCUAAGAAUGGGCUGGGGAAAAAAUGAUGAUAAUAAUAAAGACCUUCUUAGUUUUUUUUACAAAAGGGGAAAAAGAAAAAAUUUGGCUUAGUUGAUUAUUCCUCCUCAUUUCCUUUGUGGUAGUCAAAAUUUUGGUAGUGAAUGGAGCUGUGUGUUGUGACUCAGUGAUGGACUUGAGUGACAUUUUUUUCUCUAGCAGUUCAGGGUGUUAAUUUUCCUUUGUUUUGAAAUAAGUCAUAAAGAAUGUUUGCUUUAAAAAGUGUAUAUGUCACAAUUAGUUUUUAACUUAAGAAUUCCUAUAACAUUUCAGAAUUACUUUUUUUUUUAAUUAAUACUAAGUCUGUAAUUACUCAUACAUAAGAAGUUAAUAAAAUUGCUUGUUUCUGUUUUAAUGUUUCUCUUUAACUCUGUCGUUUUUCACUUGCAGUGAAACAUGUCAUGUUCCUGGCUGUAAAACUUUAAAUUAUAAAAAAAUUCUACACACAAAACCUGGAUGGCGUAGGUCAAAGGUUUUACUCUUGUGUGAAACAUACUUGAAAAUCUCACAGUUUAUUUAUUUUAUAAUUGAUAUUUGAGUUGCAUUGUCCACUGAUAUAUGAUAGUAUCAAUCAAAUCCAGGUGAUUUAAAAACCUUUUUUAAAUCCCUCUUGGAGGUGUUGGAUAAUUUAAUAUCUUGUUAUAAUCCUAGAUGUGAUCCUAUGUUAAGCCUGCUAAUUCUGUUUAUCUAGACAAGACCAAAUCCUGCAUUUCUCUGUCUGUGCAUCAGUCCUACUUCAGAUAGCUUUUUCUGUAGAAUUUAGAGCAUAGUCUGUAGACAGACUGUGAUCCACUGGAAUUGGAGCAGCCCCUUCAUCUUAGGAUGUUUUUGAAGUUCCCCUGAAGCAGUAAAUAUCUUCAAAUUAUUGUUGAAUUAAUUGAUGACUCGUUUAGUGACUUUGUCAUAUUCGCUUUGAAAAACAGCAUGAGUCCUUAAUUUAUAGUGUAAUUCUAUAGAUAAUAACAGUCUUUUGUCCCUCAAAUUCCCUUAGUGUGUAAAACCCCUUCAGUGAUUUUUCUCCCUUGUUACUUUUACUUUUUACUUCACUUUUAAAGUGCUUGUAAUAAUUUCUGCCUUCAGAUUAGAAGCUUGGUCAUUUCUACACAUAAAAAAUUAAUAGACCUGGACUGCUUAAUUGCACUUUCUAUAUGUUUUCCAAAAGUUUACUGUGAUUGCGUAACUACAGUAGUGUAUUAAGAAUCUACCAUUAAGACAACCUACCCACUUAAUCUUCCCACUAUACUCUUAUCUUCCUAAGUGAUUAUUUGGUACAAAUAAGGUAUGAUUUUAUUUUUUAAUUUUGGGAGAUGAAUUUUAUUUUCUGCCUUAAAUUUUAUUCAUUUGGGAUUCUAGUUUUAAUUGGUUUUGCCAGAGGAUAGGAAACUACAUGACAUCCUAAGCUGAUACAAUUAGUUGCUGCUCUAGUUGCACUUCUUCCCUUAUGCUGAAUUUGACAUUGUUCAAACCAUUUUAAUAUUCUAACUUUGAAGAAAACUAACUAAUUGAAAAUAGGCUGGUUUGGUUUUCUUGUUUGGUUUUGGUUUUGUUUUUUUUUGUGGUUUUGCAUUGUCAGUUUUCAGCUAUACUUGAAGAGACAGAUGCAUGGACAUUCAUAUGUUAAUCACUUCAGGCAUUUUAUCCAUUUUAAUGACUUACAUUAAAUAAAAGUUACCUUAAGGUAGUGUGAAAAAAACAAUCAAUCAUGCAUCUUUUUUGAACAGAUUUAAUUUCUUCUGCAGUUUCUGGUAGUGUGGUGCUAUUUCUUGUAGUACUGAAGCUAUGAUGAAUCGUAGCAUUAGGUAUCUAUGUUAGUGACACCUCUCCUGAAGCAGGGCUGUACGGAUUAGCAGAGUGUGCUUUUUGCUUUCACCUGCUACAGAAACACCCUAGUGAUUUAACUCUGUACCUUUCUUUACCCAUAUCCUGGGACAAAGGACAGUUCACCUCUAUCAAGGGCCCAAACUCGAGUCAGUGUUUUGCCUUUUUCAUACUUCAACACAAAGCUGGACUUCAGCAUUGGGUAAUCUGUGUCCUUGUUUCUCCUGCCGGUCCUGGCUCUUUGGCUGUAGAUUGCUCCUGUUCCAGUGCCCUCAGCCAGCAGCUGAAUGAAGCCAGCAGUUGGCCCCACUGCAGCGGGCUGGGGAACCCUCACUGCUGCAGUGCCCAGGAGGCAGCUCAAGAGUGUUGGACUUAUGAUAUCACCAAAGCCAGACACUGCACUGGAAUUUUACUUUAACAAGAGUGAUGCCCAGUCAUAUGCAGAAUAUGUUUCUACACUUAGAAAAUUUCUUGAAUCGUAUGAUGAUUCAAAGCAAUUGCAAAACAUCAACUGUACACCAGGAAAGAUUUUUGAUCAGAACAAUGUUGCUAUCAAAAAGGCAUGUCGUUUUAACCUCGCUGAGCUUGGACAAUGCUCUGGAAAGGAAGAUAAGACCUUUGGGUAUUCUAAAGGAACUCCCUGUGUGCUUGUGAAAGUGAACAGAAUAAUUGGAUUAAAGCCUGAAGGAGAACCACAUAUAUUCUGUACAUCUAAGGAAGAAGGCAUGGUUCAGAUAAAUUAUUUUCCUACUGGAGGCUCAAUUGACUUAAUGUACUUUCCCUACUAUGGGAAACGCUUGCAUGCUCACUAUUUACAGCCUCUAGUGGCUGUUCAACUAGCAAUUCACUCCAACAGUACCAAAGAAGAAAUAACAAUCGAGUGUAAGAUCCGCGGCUCACCUAAUUUAAAAAAUGAAGAUGAUCGUGACAAGUUUCUGGGACGAAUUGCCUUCAAAGUUCAGAUGACUGAAUAGCAUGAGUAAAAAAUUGUCCACAAAGUAACCCGUUGUGUUGUCUGUUUUGUAUCAGUUGGACAUGCCAUUCCUAGGAUAUGAGACCACCUUGGAGAAUGUUAAGGUGGUUUAUGGCAUUCAGGGUAGCAUAACAAUAUGCUUCCAAAUCUUAUGUUUAAAAUUCCUCAAAAUAAAUGCCUGUCCUGCUUCUGCCUGCCCCAUUGGAACAGUGUACAGACUGUAGUUAUGUCAUAGGGACCUGUAAAUAGCUGAUUUCAAACAUUCUAAUGAUGACCUUUGUCCUGUUUUAAAAUGUGGUUUUACCCCCAAGUGAGUGUCUCAAGCUUAAUGUGCUGUGCUAUGUAAAUAUUGUAUUGAUUUAACACUGGUUUAACUGUCAUAUCUCAAUGCUGACGCAGUUAUAGGGGUAAAUAAUAAAUGGUACUUGAUUGACAUAGUGAAUUUUUUGAAAAAGUGAACACCUCCAACAUAAAUUGUGUGUUUGGGAGUGGGUGGAUUGCUGGCUGUGUGGAGAUGCCUUAAAUUGUAUACUGGGUGGUUUGGGAGAAUUGGAAUGGAUUUUAAGAGUUGGUGUGGAUUUCUGAAAGCAAGUGCUCAACUAGUACUUUCUUGUGCUUGUCACUGUGCAAGUAUUGUGUACAUGUAAUACUUGGGUAUAGAGUUUGGUAUUCUAGCUGAGGAAUUGAAUCUUUCUUUGUGUUGUUAAUUGCUUGCAGUAUGUGGAGCACAAAUCUAUACAAUAUUUUAAAACUUUCUAGUUCAGAAAUAUCAAUAUACAACAAAUUAAACUGCCUAGGGUCCUGGUAACAGUUAUACAACAGAGCUGCUUGAAAGAAAUGGCCUCACUAUUGUGGGAAUAGGCUUUCAUUUUCCAGUUAAAAAAUUCCCUGAAGAACCUAUGUUUAAAAAAAAAGAAAGGAUUGUCUUGAUUAAACAUUCCUGUUUAAUUUA